UCUCCCUCGCUCUCCCUCCCUCCCUCCCUCUGAGGCGCGCGCGCGCGCGCUCUCUCGCUCCUUCCUUCUCUCUCCCUCUCUCGCUCUCGGCGGCGCCGGGGAAGCCGGAGGAGGAGGAGGCCGGAGGAGGAGCGGCGGCGGCGGCGGAGGAAGGCCGAGAGCGGAGUCCGGGCCGCGCCAGGCCGCGGCUGGGGGCCGGUCACGGUGGCGGAGCCGGAGGAGGCCGGGCCCCGCCCCGCCCCCAUCCCCCCACCGGCGGCGGCACCACAACCGCGGGGGGGCGGCGGCGGCGGCUGCCGGGGCAGCACUUCCCCUUCUCCUUCCCCCUCCUUGGCGGCGGCCGCCCCUCCCUCCCCCUCGUCCCCAGCGGGGCCCAUGGAAGGCCUGCCCGUGGAGGUGCGGGGCUCCAACGGGGCCUUCUACAAGGGUUUUGUUAAAGAUGUCCACGAAGACUCGGUCACGAUAUCCUUCGAGAACAACUGGCAGCCCGAAAGGCAAAUCCCCUUCAGCGACGUGCGGCUGCCCCCACCCGCGGACUACAGCAAGGAGAUUUUGGAAGGGGAUGAGGUGGAGGUUUAUUCCCGAGCCAAUGAGCACGAGCCAUGUGGCUGGUGGCUGGCCAGGGUUCGAAUGAUGAAAGGAGACUUCUACGUCAUAGAAUACGCCGCUUGUGAUGCCAUCUACAAUGAAAUUGUUACGUUGGAGCGGCUGCGGCCUGUCAACCCCAGCAAAGUGGCCACCAAGUGCAGCUUUUUCAAAGUCACCAUUGCCGUACCAGAGGAUCUCAAGGAGGCCUGCUCAAACGAAAACGUGCACAAAGAGUUCAAGAAAGCCGUGAGCGCGAACUGCAUCUUCCUCAGUUCCACUAGCAGUGAGCUCGUCAUCCUUUCCACAAAUGAGUCCACUGUCAAGAGGGCAUCUCUGCUGGGCGACAUGCACUUGCGCAGUAUCCGGACUAAGCUGAUGCUCAUGUCCCGGAAUGAGGAGGCCAACAAACACUUGGAGACGAGUAAGCAGCUGGCGUCGGCAUUCCAGGAGGAGUUCACGGUGCGGGAGGACCUGAUGGGGCUGGCCAUCGGAACCCACGGGGCCAACAUCCAGCAGGCCCGGAAAGUGCUGGGCGUCACUGCCAUUGAACUGGACGAGGAGACCUGCACCUUCCGCAUCUAUGGGGAGACCCCGGAAGCCUGCAAGCAGGCCAGGAGCUUCCUCGAAUUCUCCGAAGACUCUGUUCAAGUCCCUCGGAACCUAGUCGGGAAGGUGAUAGGCAAGAACGGCAAAGUCAUCCAGGAGAUUGUGGACAAAUCCGGCGUGGUCCGCGUUCGGGUGGAAGGCGACAAUGACAAGAAGAACCCCAGGGAGGAGUCCUUGCUGGCUCGUCCAGUUGGUUCCCUGGCUAAAGCUGUCCGAGACACAGACAUUGGACAAGAACCAACUGGGAUGGUCCCUUUCAUCUUUGUGGGAACGCGGGAGAACAUCAGCAAUGCGCAGGCGCUGCUGGAGUACCACCUCUCCUACCUUCAGGAGGUGGAGCAGCUGCGCCUGGAGCGGUUGCAGAUCGAUGAGCAGCUGCGCCAGAUCGGCCUGGGCUUCCGCCCCCUCUCCAACCGGUCGGAUAAGGAGCGGGGUGGCUACACCACGGACGAGAGCACCUCCUCCUCCCUGCAUGGCACGCGGACCUACGGGGGCAGCUACGGUGGGCGCGGCGGCCGUGGGCGCAGGGGACCCAACUCUGGUUAUGCUACCAACUCGGAUGUGUCCAACGCUUCGGAAACAGAGUCGGAAAAGAGAGAGGACUACGAGUGCCCGCAGCUCAGUGACCGUGACCCCCGCCCGGAGGACAGCCGCAGACGGCCAGGGGCGGGGCGGGGGCGGGGCCCUGCUCCGGCUCCUCGCGGAAGUAGCAGCAGUGGAGGCAGCAGCAAGUACAACAGCUCCUCCAUUAGUUCAGUAUUGAAAGACCCCGACAGCAACCCUUACAGCCUGCUGGACAACACCGAAACCGACCAGACUGCGGACACGGACGCCAGUGAGUCGCAGCCUGUCAGCAACCGCCGGCGCCGGUCCCGCCGGCGCCGCACGGACGAAGACGCCACCAUGAUGGAUGGAGCCCUGGAGUCGGACAACAUGUCUGUCAAUGAGAACGGCCUGGAGGAGGAGUCUAAACCGCAGAGACGGAACCGGAGCAGGCGCCGACGCAACCGCGGCAACCGUGUGGACGGCUCCAUCAGCCGGGACCGCCAGCCAGUCACCGUAGCCGAUUACAUUUCCCGGGCGGAGUCUCAGAGCCGUCAGCACCCACCGCGCAAAGAGAGCCGAGAGAAGUCGGCGGAGGAAAACGCACCCAAGCAGAAGGUUGAGACCACCAGCAAGGUUGUCAACGGGCCUACGGAGAACGGGGAGCAUGCCGCCCCCAGCGAGGAGGUGGCUGCCCUGGUGAACGGCGUGUCCUAAGCUCGCAUGCGUGCGGGGGCCUCUGCCCCAAGUCGCAGCCGGCCGAACCCUCCUCUGAAACGAAAACGACCCCUACUUUCCACCUGCUUGCAACAUCUUAAAGAGAAAACGAAAUAAACACCACACCAGUCUCUUGUUUAAGAACAAAACCAUUAUUUUAAAAAAUGAAAUGAAAUGAAACAAAUUGACCCGAAUCCCAAGGUAAUGAUGAUCUAGCGCUCGUUAAAAGCUUGCGAAAGAUGGGAUUCUCUUCUUUACCACAGCUCUUAACACAUCCUGGUUAAGCUUUCAGCAGUGGCAGCCAGACAGGGCAGUGAAAAAUUCAAAGCAAAACCCCUCUUUCUUUUCUGCCCUCUUGUUAUGUCAAAGGGGGGGGGAUCUCUGACGCUACCUGAGCUCGUAACCCCCCACCCUUUUCUUGGAGGCGCACACAGUGUGGGGGAAAAAAAAACUACUAUGACUUAACAUGCAUCUGUUUUUGGUGACUUAUAAAAGUUUUUUUCUGUUUAGAAACAAAUGUGAAGAGAGAAAAAUAAAAAUAACUGGCUAUUCAAAACUGGAGAAAGGAGAGGGGGAGAGAAACCUGUGCCUUCUGAUGACGAUGCAGACACACACACACACAGACACACACACACACCGCACAAGAGCACAGAGUGCUCUUGCCUUUGUUUUUUUUCCUUCCCUUUCCUCUUUGACUAGUUAAAAAUCAAAGGCGAGGUCACGUCCGGGAGAGCGAAGCAGGAGGGCUGGCCCGCCCAGGAGGGCACAGGCGGGCGUCCUGAGGUUGUUUUGGGCUAGGCGCCCCUUUCCCACCCCAAAGUGGGUUCUGGCCACAGAGAGGUAGGAGCCUCUCCUGCAAACCAGGAGGCGGGCGAGGCUGUGCUGUGCUAGGGGGAAACGGGGGACGCGAGGCACCUGCUUUGUUAGGCCCACCCCAGACCAGUAAUCCUUUUCUUAAUUCCCCCCCACCCCUUUGAUUCUAAAACACUGUGGAAGACAACAACAAAAAGAGAGAAAAAACGCCAGGCUUUUAGGGCGCAAGCUGACGUGGCGACGUCGCUCCUGGCGCGGCUUGCCUUCGAGUUUGUGUGUUUGUGUGUGGGGGGGAAAGGGGGGAUUUGAUCUGUGACGGUUGAGACUAUUUAUUUUUCACUGUACAGUAUUUAAAAAGAGAAUAAAAAACCCAACUCUUGAAAAAAAAAACAACGCCUAAAUACCAAGGUUGCUUUCUGUCCUGCCUGCCAUGUUCUCUCUUUCUCUUCUCUCUCUCUCUCUGCCCGGUGGGGGGGCUUACGGAGAACGAAGCCCCUCCGCCAGUGACUCCUGCUGCACAGGCCUUCAAUAAAAUGCGACGAGUCUUGCCAAA